ACGGGCCCACUGACCCAGAGCUGUGCCGGGAGAUGGGCAAUGCUGCUCUCUGCCCCUCGUGCCACGCGGGCAAGAGCGUGAAGGCCCAGGGGCACGUGCAGGAGGCAGACAGAGCCCCCGACUACUACGGCUGCCCCAGCGAGGACGCCCCGGAGCUGGGGGCGCGGUCGGACAGCAAUGCCAGCUUCCUGCGUGCGGCCCGCGCGGGCAACCUGGACAAGGUGAUGGAGUUCCUGAAGGGCGGCGUGGACAUCAACACCUGCAACCAGAAUGGACUCAACGCCCUCCACCUGGCGGCCAAGGAGGGCCACGUGGGGCUGGUGCAGGAGCUGCUGGGCAGAGGGUCGGCCGUGGACUCCGCCACCAAGAAGGGGAACACGGCUCUUCACAUUGCCUCGCUGGCGGGACAGGCGGAGGUCGUCAAGGUGCUGGUCAAGGAAGGCGCCAACAUCAACGCCCAGUCCCAGAACGGCUUCACGCCCCUGUACAUGGCUGCCCAGGAGAACCACAUCGAGGUCGUGAAGUACCUGCUGGAGAAUGGCGCCAACCAGAGCACCGCCACCGAGGUUGGCUUCACGUUCGUGCUUCCUGUGCUGGUGCACACGGAACAGGACACACUGGAUGAGAGCCAUUUCCACAGACACAACAGCGACUCGGUGGCCGUGCUCCUGGAGAAUGACACCAAAGGCAAGGUGCGGCUGCCCGCCCUGCACAUCGCUGCCCGCAAGGACGACACCAAGUCAGCAGCGCUGCUGCUGCAGAACGACCACAACGCGGACGUGCAGUCCAAGAUGAUGGUGAAUAGGACGACUGAGAGCGGCUUCACGCCCCUGCACAUCGCCGCCCACUACGGCAACGUCAACGUGGCCACCCUCCUGCUCAACCGGGGAGCCGCCGUGGACUUCACCGCCCGGAACGGGAUCACCCCUCUGCACGUGGCCUCCAAACGGGGAAACACAAACAUGGUGAAGCUCCUGCUGGACCGCGGAGGUCAGAUCGACGCCAAAACCAGGGACGGGCUGACACCGCUGCACUGUGCAGCCCGGAGCGGGCACGACCCAGCGGUGGAGCUGCUGCUGGAGCGGGGCGCGCCCCUGCUGGCCAGGACCAAGAACGGGCUGUCCCCGCUGCACAUGGCCGCGCAGGGCGACCACGUGGACUGCGUCAAGCACCUGCUACAGCACAAGGCGCCCGUGGACGACGUCACACUGGACUACCUGACGGCCCUGCACGUGGCCGCGCACUGCGGCCACUACCGCGUCACCAAGCUGCUUCUGGACAAGCGGGCCAACAAAAAAACGUGCUUAUCUCCAAAGCACGUGACACGGUUCAUCGCCCCCCUCACGUCUCACGGCCCCUUGUCCUUCUCUGACGAGUUGCCGUGUUGUUGUGGGCGCUUGUUUCGGUGUCCACACAAGCAGGACCCCACACAGCCGCCCCCACGGGCACGCCCAGUGCUCACUGAAGGGGCAGAGCCCUCAGGACACAGCACGUGUGGCGAUGCGGUCGGACGCCGUGUCGUGCAUGCCCUGCCUGAGUGGUUGCGCAUGUCUCCCACUAACCGGUUGUCUUUUGCACAGAACGGCUUUACUCCACUGCACAUUGCCUGCAAGAAAAACCGCAUCAAAGUCAUGGAGCUGCUGGUGAAAUACGGGGCUUCCAUCCAGGCGGUCACCGAGUCGGGCCUCACGCCUAUACACGUGGCCGCCUUCAUGGGCCACCUGAACAUUGUGCUGCUGCUGCUGCAGAACGGCGCCUGCCCAGACGUCACUAACAUUCGUGGGGAGACGGCACUGCACAUGGCGGCCCGGGCGGGCCAGGUGGAGGUGGUGCGAUGCCUGCUGCGCAACGGCGCCCUGGUCGACGCCAGAGCCCGGGAGGAGCAGACGCCUCUGCACAUCGCCUCGCGCCUGGGCAAGACGGAGAUCGUGCAGCUGCUGCUCCAGCACAUGGCGCACCCGGACGCAGCCACCACCAACGGGUACACGCCCCUGCACAUCUCCGCCCGCGAAGGCCAGGUGGACGUGGCCUCGGUCCUUCUGGAGGCCGGGGCUGCCCACUCCUUAGCUACCAAGAAAGGCUUCACCCCGCUGCACGUGGCCGCCAAGUACGGCAGCCUGGACGUGGCCAAGCUGCUGCUGCACCGGCGCGUGGCAGCCGACUCUGCCCUGCAGUGUCCUGUGACACCGCUUCAGCGACUCCGGUGUUGGGUGGGGACUUUCAUUGACCAUCACACACUGGCUUCUAGCUCCCCUGUCAGCUGCCUCCAGAGAGGUAUGUCCCCCAGGGCAGGAGCUGAGCUCACCCGUUCCUCUCACUCUUUGCAGAACGGCUACACUCCCCUGCACAUCGCCGCCAAGAAGAACCAGACGCAGAUUGCAUCCACGCUCCUCAGCUACGGGGCUGAGACCAAUGUGGUGACCAAGCAGGGCGUGACCCCGCUGCACCUGGCCUCCCAGGAGGGGCACGCGGACAUGGUCACCUCGCUCCUGGACAAGGGCGCCGACGUCCACACGUCGACCAAGAGUGGACUCACAGCCCUGCACCUCGCAGCCCAGGAGGACAAAGUGAACGUCGCUGACAUUCUUGUCAGACACGGAGCGGACCAGGAUGCCCACACGAAGCUCGGUUACACUCCUUUAAUUGUGGCCUGUCACUAUGGAAAUGUGAAAAUGGUCAACUUCCUUCUGAAGCACGGAGCCAAUGUCAACGCCAAAACCAAGAGUGGCUACACGCCCCUGCACCAGGCCGCACAGCAGGGCCACACACACAUCAUCAAUGUGCUGCUGCAGCAUGGGGCGCGGCCCGAUGCCACCACCACGAAUGGCAACACGGCCCUGGCCAUCGCUAAGCGGCUGGGCUACAUCUCGGUGGUCGACACCCUGAAGGUUGUGACGGAGGAGGUCACCACCACCACGACAACUAUCACUGAGAAACACAAGCUGAAUGUUCCCGAGACCAUGACCGAGGUGCUGGACGUCUCUGACGAAGAGGGAGACGACACGAUGACGGGGGACGGCGGGGAGUACCUGCGGCCGGAAGACCUGAAGGAGCUGGGGGACGACUCGCUGCCCAGCAGCCAGUUCCUGGACGGGCUGACGUACCUGCGCUACAGCCUGGAGGGCGGGCGCUCCGACAGCCUCCGGUCCUUCAGUUCCGACAGGUCGCACACCCUGAGCCAUGCCUCCUACCUGAGGGACAGCGCCAUGAUCGACGACACCGUUGUGAUCCCCAGCCACCAGGUGUCAGCGCUCGCCAAGGAGGCGGAGAGGAACGCCUACCGCCUCAGCUGGGGCCCCGAGCACCUGGACAAUGUGGCCCUUUCUUCCAGCCCCAUCCACUCCGGCCGCACCUCUCCAUGUCUCGACCGUGACAACAGCAGCUUCCUGGUUAGCUUCAUGGUGGACGCCCGCGGGGGCGCCAUGCGCGGCUGCAGACACCACGGGCUCCGCAUCAUCAUCCCGCCGAGGAAGUGCACGGCCCCCACGCGGGUCACCUGCCGCCUGGUGAAGCGCCACCGCCUGGCGACCAUGCCCCCGAUGGUGGAGGGAGAAGGCCUGGCCAGCCGCCUGAUCGAAGUCGGACCCUCUGGCGCGCAGUUCCUGGGUAAACUCCACCUGCCAGCGGCUCCCCCCCCACUUAACGAGGGAGAAAGCUUGGUCAGCCGCAUCCUCCAGCUGGGGCCUCCUGGAACCAAGUUCCUUGGGCCCGUCAUCGUGGAGAUCCCGCACUUCGCUGCCCUGCGCGGGAAGGAGCGGGAGCUGGUGGUGCUGCGCAGCGAGAGCGGGGACAGCUGGAAGGAGCACUGCUGUGAGCACACGGAGGACGAGCUCAACGAGAUCCUCAAUGGCAUGGACGAGGUGCUGGACAGCGCUGAGGACCUGGACCGUAAGCGCAUCUGCCGCAUCGUCACGCGUGACUUCCCGCAGUACUUCGCCGUGGUAUCCCGUGUCAAGCAGGAUAGCCACCUGAUCGGGCCCGAGGGCGGCGUGCUGAGCAGCACAGUGGUCCCGCAGGUGCAGGCGGUGUUCCCCGAGGGCGCGCUGACCAAGCGGAUCCGCGUGGGCCUGCAGGCGCAGCCCAUGCACGGCGAGCUGGUCAGGAAGAUCCUGGGGAACAAAGCGACCUUCAGCCCGAUCGUCACCUUGGAGCCCAGACGGAGGAAGUUCCACAAGCCCAUCACCAUGACCAUCCCCAUCCCCAAGGCCGCCAGCGACGUCAUGCUGAAUGGUUUUGGGGGAGAUGAUCCGACCUUGAGACUCCUGUGCAGCAUCACAGGCGGGACCACUCCUGCGCAGUGGGAAGACAUCACGGGAACCACGCCGUUAACGUUUGUCAAUGAGUGUGUUUCCUUCACCACCAACGUGUCUGCCCGGUUCUGGCUGAUCGACUGUCGGCAAAUCCAGGAGUCCGUCGCCUUCGCCUCCCAGGUGUACAGGGAGAUCAUCUGCGUGCCGUACAUGGCCAAGUUCGUGGUGUUCGCCAAGUCGCAUGACCCCAUCGAGGCGCGGCUGCGGUGCUUCUGCAUGACUGACGACAAGGUGGACAAGACCCUGGAGCAGCAGGAGCACUUCGCGGAGGUGGCCCGCAGCCGGGACGUGGAGGUGCUGGAGGGAAAGCCCAUCUACGUUGAUUGCUUUGGCAAUCUCGUGCCAUUAACCAAGAGUGGCCAACAUCACAUAUUCAGUUUUUUUGCCUUUAAAGAAAACAGACUUCCUCUCUUUGUCAAGGUACGAGACACGACGCAGGAGCCGUGCGGACGACUGUCAUUUAUGAAGGAGCCGAAGUCCACGCGAGGCCUGGUGCACCAGGCCAUCUGCAACUUGAACAUCACGCUGCCUGUGUACAUCAAGGAGUCGGAGUCGGAUCCGGAGCAGGAGGAAGAGAUCGAUGUGACAUCAGAAAAAAAUCAGCAGGAUGCGCAGGAGCGGAUGGAGGAGCGGCUGGCCUACAUCGCCGACCACCUGGGCUUCAGCUGGACAGAACUGGCCCGAGAGCUGGACUUCUCUGAGGAGCAGAUCCACCAGAUCCGGGUGGAGAACCCCAACUCCCUGCAGGACCAGAGCCACGCACUGCUCAAGUACUGGCUGGAGCGGGACGGCAGGCUGGCCACGGACACCAGCCUCAUCGAAUGCCUCACCAGGAUCAACCGCAUGGACAUUGUGCAUCUCCUGGAGACCAGCACGGAGCCGCUCCUGGAGCGCACCAGCCACAGCUACGCCGAGAUGGAGCAGACCAUCACGCUGGACCACAGCGAAGGGUUCUCAGUGCUGCAAGACGAGCUGCCCGCGCGGCACCCGCAGGCCCAGGAGCACGCAGCGUCCAGAGCAGGCGAGGCCUGUGGUCACCCCCCCAUCGUCUCUGACGAAGACCUCUCCCUCGGCUACUCCACGGUCCAGGAUAGCGCCUCCCGGACGGACAGGGACAGCCCCGCUGGGGAGCGCCGCCCCCAGGAGCGGGUACCCGAGGAACCGGCCCCGGGGCCGCAGUCGCAGUGCUGUGUGACCAGCACCCGGACACCAGGGCCAGACACCGCAAAGGCCACGGCGGCCCCAGGCUCUCCCAGCAGGACCCCCGAGGAGGAUGGGCCCCACCAGCCGGCCCCGCCGCCCCGGGAGCGGGCGGACUCGCCCCUCGUGCAGGAGCCCGAGGAGGUCGGGGAGGCUGGCUCUCCGAGGAGGAACAGCCUAGUGAUCGUGGAGUCGGCCGAUGAGCAGCCACCGGCCUUCGAGAGCCUCGAUGCAGACUCGGCGUUUCAGAAGGGAGACGAUGUGCCUGACUUGCCCCCAGAAACAGUCACGGAGGAGACAUACGUGGACGAGCACGGGCACACGGUGGUGAAGAAGGUCACCAGGAAGGUCAUCCGGCGGUUCGUGUCCUCGGACGGCACCGAGCGGGAGGAGGUCACCGUGCAGGGGCAGCCGCAGGAGCCCGUCAGCCUCGCGGACGCGGAUGCCUACUCCAAGGUCAUCAAGCGUGUGGUGCUGAGGAGCGACACGGAGCAGGCGGAGGUGGCCGUGUCCGAGCCCGGCGCCCUGUGCGAGGCCUCGCAGUUCCAGGCGGAGCCCGUGGAGGGCCGCCGUGUCAGCAAAGUUGUCAAGACAACGGUGGUGCGUGGAGAGAGGCUGGAGAAGCACCUGGGGGACCCCCGUGUCGCCCCUGACCUUCCCUCGGCCAAAGACGACUUCGAGCAGGGCGACGCUCCGUAAGGCCCGCACACAGAAGCGGGCCGUGGUGAGGGACCGGCGUGGGAAGCGCGUGCACCUGGAGUCCCUGGAGGAUGUGCCCGAGGCCCUGCAGCGGGACGACCUCCAGCGCGACCUCCAGCAGCUCCUGCGGCACUUGUGCGGGGACGACCUGGAGCAGGAGGCCCCGUGAGGCUGGCUCCCCAGACCCUCAGCCACGGCGCCGAUUGUGAGACACCUGCCUGCCCCCCCACCCCCCCACCCCACGCUGAGCACAUGCUCCCUGGUUAGUGUCCCCUUAACUGUCAGCUAAUCUGUGACCAAAGAGAGCCUCCUCCCGGUGCUGGGUCCCGGCUCCUGGCCUCCGGCUGCCCUGGGAACUGGCGCUCACCCUCCUCCACUUCGCCCAGCCCCACGGGGCCCUCGACCUUGGGCUCCCACAGACUCUCCCGUGACAGCAGGCGACAGGCGUCCCCGCACAAGUGCGGGCGUCCGGGUACCAUGUACAUAGAAAACGCUCAGAUGAGCACACGGUGGGUGAGAGCCACGGCCUGGUGUCACCACGUGGGCACCGGGAGCAGGGGCCCUGGAAACGCUGGACAUGGCAACUUCAGGGGUUGUGGACACAACCGGAGGAUGGCACGCCCGGCCGCUGCAGGAGAGGCACCUCCGCCCACCCGCCCUGCCACCAGCACAGCCAUG